AUGCGAAAGAAUUUGGGUGUCGAUCUUGAUGAGCGUGUCCAACCCGAUGACGAUGAUACUCCAUCUACGGGCGAUGCAGAGAAAUCGCAGCCAGCCACUGACUUUCAGACGGAAUCCGCGGACGAAUCCGAUCAAGUGAGUUUUUACGUUUUAAUUUACCUUAGCUUGAGGUGUAUAAAUAUCUUUGUUAGCACGGAAUUAGAGUGCGUUGUAGCGACUGAUUUAUGUUUACCAUACUAUAACUUUAUUGGAGCUUGA